UGAACACCAUAUUUAACUAUCUGUCAGGACGAUACGUAUAAAUGGAGGGAAUUUGAUUUUAUGAUAUAACUUGAUCACGGAAAAAUUGUACUGGUCAACAUUUACAGCCAUGAUGUUUCAUUUGCUUUUAUACCUUCUUAGUUUCGACAUGUGCUGGUUUUAUGUAAGCGCUGGAGCGACAAAUCUCGCACUCGGAGGGACCGUGUACGGGUGCAAGUCGUUCGUGCAAUCGUGCUGCAGCAUCAACCUCCAGGACGUGCAAUCCUGCUGCAACAACACCUACGGUAGCGAGAUGGUCAAUGUGAGGCUCAUGCUAAACGGGUUGUUUUUUGUCAGCCGUAUCGUUAUACACGGGAAGAACGACAUUGAGACGUCAGGAAUUGAAGUGGCCAUUUCACAAGGUCCGGGAACUGCAAUUACCAUGAUAUCUAACAAUAUGCGCGAGUCUUAUGGAUCGGGCGUAUUCACUAUUCGCCUCGGGAAGGUGCUUAUUAGUGAGAUCAACAUCACCCGUCCAGGCAACCUAACCCUUUGUAAGGUCGAGGUUUACUCAGUGUGCGCUGAUUACACUUACGGCGAUGAAUGUGUCCCGUGUGGAAACUGCAUUAACAGUGAGGAAUGCCACAAAACCACCGGAGCGUGUCCCCAUGGCUGUUCGCGCGACUGGGGGUCUCUCUACUGUAACGAAACAUCUCCGGUGACAACUACUAGACAAGAAUCAUCACGAACCACAACAAGAGCAAUGAUAACAACCACGCAACCAACGACAACUAGAACAACAACGUAUUCGAGAGGAAUUACAACAACGCCAACAACAACGACGACGACAACUACACUUACUAAAAUCCCCACUGCAACGCAUUUGAUCAUUACUACACCUCAGUCAGACGCUUACAUUACUGGUUCUAGUAAUGCAACAAACAUGACUUCAACAGAACCAGGGAACGAUCACAAUGAAUGCGGUGGUAGGACAUUGCCAUUGAUAUUGUUCGCAUUGGUAUCUGCCACUCGCCUGCUCUUGUGACUUUAAAAAUCGCAAGUGUAUUAUUGCAGAAAAUGGUUAUUUUAGUGAAGAUAAUGGACUUAUAAUGGACUCAUAUAUGAAACUAUUAUUUUAGUUUUCAUUUAUGUCAAAUACGGAUGUCUUCUGAUAAAAUAUAAUAUUGCAAAGCAA